GAAUGACAACUUUUGAAUUCUUGAAUUCUAAUUCGUUUUUCAAAAUUUUAAAUUUAUUUUGAGUGGAUUCGAAACUUUUUAUUUUUGUUUUGUGAUGUGAUAUAGUUCUUACUAAACAAUGUCUGUCAAUGUGCCUCUAGUUCGCCGAGCUAUCGCGGGGGCUGCUUUAGCUCACGGUGCAUCGUCUCCCCCUAAUCCUUUAGAACUAGAGACUCCAACUCCAAUCCAGGAAAGCCAAUGGACGCCAGCUGCUUUAGAAAGAGCCGGGUCAACUUUAAAGGCCCUCAAUCGCAUGGCUAAGAGACCGCCGGUCCACAUUCUCUUUGAAGACGUUGGAUACACCGUUAGUUCACAUAAAGGUGAACGUCGGAUUCUGCACCACGUGUCAGGGGAGUUCCGCUCCGGCGAGCUGACCUGCAUCCUCGGACCUUCCGGCGCCGGCAAGUCUACCCUCCUCAAUAUUCUUGCUGGAUACACGUCAAAUGGCGUCAGCGGCAGGAUCACAGUAAACGGCCACGCGAGAGAAAUGAGGGUGUUCAAGAAACUCAGCAGCUACAUCAUGCAGGACGACAUGCUGCAGCCGCGACUGUCCGCGCUUGAGCUGAUGAGGAUCGCAGCUGACCUCAAGCUGGGCAAAGAACUUGGGAGGGCUGAGAAGGAACUUAUUAUCGAAGAGAUUCUGCAGACUCUCGGACUAUGGGAGCACAGGGACACCAGGUCGGAACGUCUCUCCGGCGGCCAGUACAAGCGGCUCUCCGUCGCCCUAGAGCUCGUUAACAACCCACCCAUUAUAUUCCUGGACGAGCCUACAACAGGCCUAGACAUCGUUUCGGUCCGCCAGUUAGUCGUGCUACUGCGUCUGCUGUCGCGACAAGGCAGGACCAUCAUCUGCACCGUCCACCAGCCCUCCGCCUCCCUCUUCUCGCUUUUCGACAGAAUCUACGUGCUGGCAAGAGGACUGUGCUGCUAUCAGGGUGCCCCACCACUCCUAGUCCCGUACCUCUCAGAGGUGGGCCACGUGUGCCCCACCACGCACAACCCCGCCGACUUCGUGGUGGAAGCCCUGGUUGAAGACAUAGAGGCGCCCGCGCAGAUGUCAGAGCUAUGCCAGAACGGGAAGCUCUGUCGGAAACUGGACCGGAUCACUGCUAGGGGUGGGAGAAAACCCGUUCUUCACUCAGACGAAUCCAUACAACGCAUCUUCGUGGAACAUGUGGCCAAAGAACAAACACAGAAGAUGGAAUUCGCCACUACAUUCCUGACACAAUUCCUUAUCUUGUCAAAGCGAAUGUUCGUUCAAAAUACAAGAAACUCGCUAACCCUCUGGAUCCAGCUACUCCAUCACUUGAUAUCAGCAGGGCUGCUGGGAAGCAUAUUCUUCCUGGUGGGAAACGACGCUAGCGCCCCCAUCGUCAACUUCAAGUUCUGCCUGAGCUGCUUAGUGUUUUUUAUGUACACGUACAUCAUGAUUCCAGUCUUAUUGUUUCCUACUGAAGUUCGACUGCUUCGUCGAGAAUACUUCAACCGCUGGUACAGCCUCAAAGCCUACUAUGCUGCGCUCACCUUCUCAUCUCUACCAGUUAUGGCGUCCUUGGGUUUCCUUUUCCUCGGCAUCUGCUAUUUUAUGUCCGGGCAACUAAUGGAGUGGGAUCGGUUCAUUCUAUUCUCCAUCAGUGGACUCCUAACGGCCAUCUGCUCCGAAGGCUUGGGCCUUCUAGUUGGUUCAGCUUUCAGUGUCACUAAUGGCUCCAUCGUAGGCCCGGCUAUAGCGGCUCCGCUCCUCGCGCUAUGCUGCUACGGGAUGGGCUUCGGGCCCACCAUAGAAACCAGCAUGAGGACCCUAAUGUCCGCUUCAUACCUCCGCUACGGACUCUCCGGCUUUUCCUUAUCUCUCUACCAAAACCGACAAGCCAUGGAGUGCCACGAAGACUUCUGUUUGUACGCCGACCCAAACUUGAUACUCCGAGAUGUCGGCAUGGCCAACGACAACUACAUAAUUCAAGUUGUCGCUUUACUAGCGUUUACUGCACUACAUAGAUUGCUCGCAUACUUCGCGCUGCGGUACCGCCUAACGGCCGAAUUUUCGAACAAAUUCAUGGCCUAUGUAAGCAAGUUUUUGAAACAUAGAUGAUAAAGACUUUUGUAGGUAUAAUAAUGUUACAUAAAUAUCCGUAAAUCUUCUAAUAAAAAGGAAAAACACAGAUUAUGUUAACGAAGGGAUGUCAACUGCUAAAAAAAUGUAAAAUAUUUUUUAAGUAAGCCUACUAAUUAAUGAUGAACAUUAUGAAAAACUAUCAUUAAAGCUCUUUAUUACCAAAAUUUCGCAUUGCAAGUUCUCGUUUGUCAAUUAUGUUAUGGGAAAAGUCUCAAUCCAAAAACUACUUUGGACGCUUGCUUUGUUUUAAAAACAUGACCGUUAAAAUAUGAUUUUAAAUCUGAAGAGAUUAAGUACCUACACUUAAGAGCUGUUGACAUAGAAGAAAUACCGUCAGUCUGUGAUAAAUAACUUAGAAUUAAGCGCAGUUGGUUUGUGAUAGUUAUUCAUUAUAAAACUUCAUGAAAGUUUUUUAUGUACGAGUAUAAGUAAGUAAUUGUCCCAUCUUUAUAAAUGUCGUGUUAGUUGAAUGUGAUCCGUCAAAUAACUACAAAGUACUUAAAACUUUAAACAGUAUCACAGUAGGUUAUACAUUUAUAUCAUUUUCCUACAUCAGACAGAGAUUACAGAGUUAAGUAUGUCCAUUAUCAAAGAAGUACCUAUUCAGGAGUUUCAUUUUUAAAAUACCCACAAAAGGCAAAAAACAUCCCCUUACAGCAUGCAUGUAGGUAUGUAAUUGUAUACUUAAUGGCCAGUAUAGUAGCUAUAUUAAUGAAUAAACAAGGUGCCCGAAGUAAAAUCUUGCCAGAUCUUUUUUUUAUACUUUACGAUUAAUUAAUAAUAUUAUAUUAGAGGCGUAGGGGUAAAGUUAUACAUAAUAAGUAUGUAUGAAUAAACUAAAAUUACCAAAACUUGAA